AUGAAAUUAAUUAUUGAAGAGAAUGAAAGUAAACAGUUUGAGCUGGGAAGGGAGAUUGAUGAACUAGAUAAAUGUAUCAAAACUGAUUUAAUUUAUGGUAUUAAAGAAGAAAGGGAUAAAUAUUUCAAAAUAAGGAGAGAUAUAGAUGGCAAAUGUGAGGGAAUAAUACAGCGCAAGAUAGGAAAGUUAAAUAGGGACAUCAAUGAGUAUGAGAGUAACACAAGUUACCCGAAACCUGUAUAUCAGGGUAAUAAUUUAAAUGGUUUUAAAAGGAAAUGGAACAAUAACUAUUAUGAAAAUAAAAGAAUGUAUGGUAGUAGGAAGGAAUACAAAUGGAAAGAGGAAGUAUAUGAUAUGGAUUUUCCACCACUUGUGGUUACUGCCUGGAUGCCAGCAAUGAUGAAACUUAGAGCACUUGAAAGGAAAUCAACUACAAAAAGUGAGGAGGAAACGCUGGGCGCAAAGAAUCCCGAAGCUGUUCAGCAAAUCAGUUCACGCUUUGUUCAGUCACGGCCUCCCAGCCAGCACUGUGCCCAAGGCAACUGCUUAGGUGACAUUGGAAGGGCCUACAAAUGCCUAACAAAAGAAUAUUCUGAGAAUGACUAUAUAAGAUGUUACUACUGGGCGCUGUUUGAUGGCCAUGGCGGUCACAUGGCAUCUCUGAUGGCCUCCGAAUACCUUCAUAGACUCAUAAAAGUCCAGCUGCAAGAGAUUAUGCCAGCCAUAUUAAGUGAUGUUCCCCCAGUUCAUUUGAACAACACAAAGGUAUUACCGAAUGAUCAGUCUUUCGUUAAAGAUAAGCACAUCUCCAUGGAACAAGUGGUGAUUGGAGCUUUGGAGCAUGCCUUCCAGCAAUGUGAUGACUUGAUGUCUGUACAUAUGAAUGAACCAGGAGGAUGUACGGCAUUGGUCGUACUCAGUCUGCAGGGCCGACUCUACAUAGCAAAUGCAGGAGACAGCAGGGCUGUCCUUGUAGAGAAGAGCAACGUUACUCAGCUAACCAGGGACUUGACAGCAGAAAAUGAGAGGCAGAGGAUACAGCAGAUGGCCUUCACAUACCCACAAUUAUUGGGUAAUGAAUUCACAAGGUAUGAGUUUCCCCGAAGGUUAAUGAAACAGGAAGUGGGAAAGAAAGUUCUAUACAGAGAUUACUUCAUGACGGGCUGGGGUUACAAGCUCAUAGAAGAUGAUGACCAAAAAUACCCUUUAAUACAUGGACAUGGAAGGCAGACACGGAUAAUGGGAACUCUGGCUGUAUCUCGGUGCUUUGGAAACCAUAAGCUGAAAGUUUUUGAUACAAACAUUCUUGUCAAGCCAUUCCUGUCAUGCAUUCCAGAGGUGAAGAUGGUGGCAUUUAGUGAGCUUCCAACAGAUGUAAAUGAUGUUCUAAUUGUGGCCACAGAUGGACUUUGGGAUGUCAUCUCUAACAAAGAAGUAGGUGAAAUUGUACGGACAUUUCUCAGUGACAACAGCCAUGAACCACAAAGGUUUUCUCUCCUGGCCGAACAUCUAGUGUCUAAGGCAAGAGGAACUCAAAAUGGCUAUGAAUGGACUCAGGAAAAUGGGGCUCACGCAUCGUAUGAUGACAUAUCAGUAUUUGUAAUACCACUCUGUAACAGAGAGAGUAGUUAA